GUCAUCUUCUACUUACCAGAUCCUACAAGUGCCCUAUCGACCAACUUUAUGAACAAAAAUGACUUCUUUGGGUUCUCUGACGGAAUUUGUUGCUUCUCAGGAUGAACUUGUUCGAGAAGCAGCUUUAACCCUUCCUCACGAAUUCUCUCGUUGCACAUAUUCCCUAGGUCCAAUCAGGCAAGCUGUAUAUCUCUGUCUCACUUGCGAGUUGCCACGCGGCCUCUGUUCUUCGUGUUCCAUCGCGUGCCACACGGAUCACGAGCAAAUAGAAUUAUUCCCCAAGCGCAAUUUCCGAUGUGAUUGCCCAACGACCGCUGUCCCACACGGGUGCACUUUGCAUCGCGGUCUAGAGGAGGAAAACAGGGAAAAUUCAUAUAACCAGAAUUUCAGGAGCAUUUUUUGCCGAUGUAGCCGACCAUACGAUCCAACAUCCGAGAGGGAAACAAUGAUCCAGUGUCUCACAUGUGAGGACUGGUUCCACGAGUCGUGUCUACACCUACGGGUACGACCAUCCUCGCGGGAAGCGUCUCCUGUUCUUGAAAAUGAAGUCACAGAUCACCAUAAUGAUGCCGGUGACAACCAAUCUGAAGCCUCUUCUUCGGGGCUGCCUCCGCCGCUCAUAUCUGCUGAGGAUUACGAUGCUUUUGUCUGUUCUUCUUGCGUACAUUCGAUCGACAUUCUUCGCCGGUAUGCUGGCACGCAAGGUGUCAUAAUGGUAGUUCGCGACGCAGAAGAUAGCCCAUGGAAGAAGCUGGGCGGGAUCCCUUUGGGCGCGGAUGCGCCGACAACCACGGAAGAUGAGCUAUUAGAUGUAGAUGAUUCUCUGGCAGCCCCUGGCCAAAAACGGAGUCGGACGCAAUCCCUUCACUUGGAGGAACCAGACCGGAAAAAACAACACAUUUCACCAGAGCCAUCCUCACCUUGUCUCGCCCCAGCGCCAAAUCCGAUUGCCCAAACAAUAUCUCAGGGGUUGCAGCGGCCGUCGGACACAAAAGCAUCUCUUGGUGCGGGUGACGUUUUCUUAACUGAAGGUUGGCGCGAACGGUGGUGUCGUUGCAGUCGUUGUUUUCCAUCACUCGCCGAUCGUCCAUAUCUCCUUGAGGAAGAAGAAACUUACGAGCCCCCGGAAGAUCCUGAUUCUGCUCUUUCCUUGGAGGAACUCGGUAUGCGCGCAUUGCAGCGCCUCCCUCGUGACAGGGCGAUUGAUGGCAUCAGAGCUUUCAAUGAUAUGCGGGACGACUUACUCGCCUAUCUCCGGCCGUUCGCUCAAGAAGGCAGGAUAGUUGGCGAAGCUGACGUCAAGGAGUUCUUUGAAGCAUUGCGUGAAAACAAGCACAGUUCUUGAUCGCAUUUUGCUGUAGCAUUCGAUUUGCAUCACUUUUGUACUGCGCUUGAGUUGACCGAAUCUUGCGUCCCCAACUGAAUUGGAACGAGUACGGCACCCUCAGUAUCGUCAACCCUUCGACUCUGUUCAAAUCCAAUACGGGUUCUGUCUGACAGGCUUCUAUAUUACCUUUGUUGAACGAUUCGCUCGGUCCAUAUACGAUAACCUUCACAAUCACUCCGCUUUCGAUGGACUUGUUAGAACGUACAUGUGUAACUUAAUCAAAGACUUACCUGCCACUAUAUCCGACCUCAUCGCACCCCCGCCGACCUGGCUUCUCUUAAAAUCAUUAACCGCCGGACCCGAGCAGAUACACCUUUGUCUAUACCUAGAGUGAUUCGAGGCAAUUUAACAGUAAGUG